AAUAAAAAAUUUCUUCAUAUUUCCUGAUACGAAAAUUUUUAUUGAAAUUUAUCAAAGCAUUUGUCGAAUAUGAAAUGUAGAAUUCUUCAAUUUUUCUCCUUUUUUUGUAUAUACACGCUUAUAAGCAUACCAUAGCGCAUAUUCACACAAAACCACAGAAAAGUAUAUGUUUCUGUUUUGGAAACGUUUGAGAGAAUGCGACGUCAUAUCAAGAAACCAUUAACAGAAUUUUGCUCAUACAACUAAUGGGAAGUCGUUAUACAAACGACUACUAGUUAACAGCGUUACUGCUGUCAUCGGUAACGUAUACACAAAAAGUCCCAAAGAAGCUCCUUAUCUUAAUUUUGAACAAAAUAUUGGAAAAUCUAUGUAUUUUGUUAUCUCUGAUAACACCCGUUUAUUGCGAUUACUUGCUCUUCUCAAUGUUUUGGAAUUUCUCUUAUUCGUGAGAUUAGAUAGUGUAUAUAUUCAUUGACGGUAUUAAAUAUAUGCAUUUCAUAAAAAUAUUACGCUUUCAAUGUUCUGCACCAAUUUGAUUGUCGACCUUGAAAAAAGCGUGUGUUUUGUUACCAACUGUGAACUCGCUAUUCGACGUCGUCAACCAUAAACUGACACUUGGUAACAAAGACGAUCCACAUGAACAGACGACUAUUUCUUUUUUCUUCUAUGUUUGGUUUCAAAGGAGGCAAGCUCCCUGCUAGGUAAAUAGGCUACACGAACGAGAAUUUUAGUGUCGCCUUCAGAAAAUUCAAUUAAAUUGGACGCAAAAGCACCAGGUUCAGAAAUUUUAAAAACAAGAUUUAACUUAAUACCCUCUGAUGCAACAAUGAAUACGCCUCCACCGCGAGACCCACAGGGCCUUAUAAUUUGAUAGUUCAUGUGUGCAAUCGCCAGCAGACCAGAGGAGUCAUGGAGGUUAAUUAAAGAGGUACUACCUGCAAUGGGACCCGUAUUGUGUUAAUGAGAGAGAUAGUUAGAAAAGUGUAAGUGUAUGGUGGGGCAUAAGGAGUAAGAAAUAAGUUGUGUGGCGUGUGGUGUGGCGUAUAAAAAAAAUUUUCCUAAUUAACAUUAAAAUGAUUUUUCGGAUUGAAGUAAAUAAGUAUGUGAUGUAAUCGUAAAUUGAGUGCAAUUAGAAAGAACUUUAUAUUUAGUUUGUCUGCAUUCUCCUAAAUGCGAUUUGGAGAUGAAAAUCUCUUACAAACUUGUGCAAAAAGUUUGCAUAGCACUUGCGGCUUUUAUUUCGCUCUAUAGCUCGCGUGCUUUUAAAUUCGAAAAGGGAAAACGUUCUAAUGUCGUAUUGAUAGUGUUCGACGAUUUGCGACCUACACUAGGAAGGAUGGGCGAUCACUUAGCUUUUACACCCAAUCUGGAUGCUUUUAUAAGUAGAAGCAAUUAUUUUACGCGCGCCUACAGUCAGCAAGCGCUUUGUGCUCCUAGUCGGAAUUCCUUCCUCACAAGCCGGCGACCUGAUACUUUACAUCUUUACGACUUUCAUAGUUAUUGGCGUACGUUCGUUGGUAAUUUCACCACUUUGCCGCAAUAUUUUAAAGAACAUGGUUAUCAGACUUACGCCAUAGGCAAAGUCUUUCAUCCUGGUGUUUCUUCCAAUUAUAACGAUGAUUAUCCCUACAGUUGGUCAGCGUCAUCGUAUCAUCCAUCUUCUGAAAUUUACAUGAAUACUCCGGUGUGUCCUGAUGCACAUGGGGUGCUAAAAAAUAAUCUCCUCUGUCCGGUUCAUCUUCGCACGCAACCUUCUCAAACUUUGCCUGACAUUCAGUCGACAGGCGAAGCCAUUCGAUUUAUAAAAUCAUACCGCAAUAGCACUGCUAAUCCCUUUUUUCUAGCUCUAGGGUUUCAUAAACCUCACAUUAAUUUCCGUUUUCCUGUUCAUUAUAUGAAAAGGUUUCCGCUGGAAAAUUUCUAUAAUUAUACACCGGAUACUGUUAGGCCCAACGCAAUGCCUAAAGUGGCUUGGAAUCCCUAUAACGAUAUACGUUCGCGUGACGAUUUCUGUAAUUUGAAUAUUUCUUUUCCAUACGGACCUAUUCCGGCAUUGCUCCGUGCACAAAUUCGUCAGGCAUACUAUGCCAGUGUCAGCUAUGUUGAUGACUUGUUCGGUAAGUUCAUCAAACACGUUGAUUCAGAAAAUACAAUUAUCGUGGUUACCAGCGAUCACGGUUGGUCGUUGGGCGAACACGCGGAAUGGGCAAAGUAUAGUAAUUUUGAAGUGGCCGUUCGUGUGCCAUUAAUUGUACAAAGUCCAGAAUUUCGUGCGCCAUAUAAUGUUGGCAAGUCCAUUAAAAAUAUCAUCGAACUAGUGGAUUUAUUCCCCUCACUGGCCGAUUUAGCCCAUUUGCCUAGGGUGCCAAAAUGUAUACGAAAUGUCCCCAUGUUUAAACAACUAUUGUGCACAGAGGGUAAAAGUUUUUAUAAAUUAUUACAAGGAAAUGAUACGAAAAAAGAUUACAUUGCCCUGAGCCAAUAUCCGCGUCCUGGGGUGCUACCCACGAAACAUCCUAAUAGCGAUAAGCCAAAGUUGCGUAACAUAAAAAUUAUGGGAUAUUCUCUGCGUACGAAUUAUUAUCGUUACACAAUAUGGGUGCGAUUUCACCCUAACAACUUUUCUCGCGAUUGGUCAACAGUAUACGGUGAAGAGAUGUACAGUCAUCGGCAUGAUGUCGGCGAAGAAAUUAAUCUCGUUAAUUUGCCGCAAUUUAAUAAAGUGCGAGGGCGAUUAAAACAUAAAUUAAUUGCUGCAUUUACUAACUAAUUCGUUCUAUUUAAGCAUCAAGAACUCAAUAUUCAUUUAAAUACACAAUUUCCAAAAUUGUUGACAAUAAAUUACGGCUUAAAGUCAAUUGUAGUUAUUAAUCUGAAAUUUG